AUGUGGUCGGCCCUAGCCCUCUAUGUUCCCACUAUGUCAGGCGACUCUAUUAAGGACAGUAAUGACAAACCUUUCAGCUUCACCAAUAUCUGCACCUAUGUUCCAAUCACCCUCGAUCUCGAAGAACUAAACUAUGACAUUUGGCGGGAACUUUUUCAGGCCUGUUGUGUGGGAUUUGGCGUCAAUACUCAUCUCAAAGACGCCUCUCCUACAAUCCCAUAUGAAGAAUGGCUCAAGCUCGACUCCUUAGUGAAGUUGUGGAUCUUUGGAUCAAUCCACAAAUCUCUUGUUCAGAUGGUGGUAAAACUUGGGAUGACAACCCAUGAUCUUUGGAAAAGUCUCGAGAAUCUGUUUCGGGACAAUAAAGAUGUUCGUGCGAUGCAACUCGACCACGACCUCCGGUCUAUUGAAAUUGAUGACUUAUAUGUCUCUGAUUAUUAUUAUAAGAUCAAAGUUCUAUCAUACCUUUUAUCCAACAUCGACCAAGCAGUCCCUGAAAAAAACUUGGUGAUGUAUAUGGUUAACGGUUUCGGGGACAAGUUCGACCAAGUUGCGAGUAUAAUCCGCCAUCAAAACCCCAUCCCGAAGUUUCUUCAAGCACGCUCCAUGCUUCUUCUCGAGGAAACCCGUCUUGUCAGGUCCCGCUCUUUCUGUUGUAACGCCCCGUUUCUGGUACGUAUUUAA